UUAAAUUAGUAAUUGGUCGACGUGGAGCUAAGUGUAGCCCGUACAUUGGCAUUGGCGGAGGCAUUCAGUACUGUUUGGACUCUGGAGUCUGGACUUUAGCAAAGACGGACGGAAGCAGCGGACCGAAGCUGAGCCGACGGUCAAGACCCAUCGUCUCGGGUCUCAUCCCAUCCUGUCCUAUAAAUUGAGCACCGUCUCCGGCUGCCUCGCUCAUCACAGAAGACGAGAACAUCUUCUUCGAGGAGUGAGUCUUUGACUGAGUGAGCGAGUAGCGAGCUGGGAUCUGGAAGAAAUGGCGGUGGCUAUGCCAACACGCAUGCUGUUCAUCGAUGGCGAGUGGAAGGAGCCUGUCCUCAAGAAGCGGAUCCCUAUCAUCAACCCCGCCACAGAGGGAGUCAUCGGGGAUAUUCCAGCUGCUACUGCUGAAGAUGUGGAGCUUGCUGUGGAUGCUGCUCGGAGAGCCUUUGUCAGGAACAAGGGAGAGGAUUGGGCAUCAGCCCCUGGCGCUGUCCGCGCCAAGUAUUUAAGGGCGAUUGCUGCAAAGAUAACAGAGAGGAAGCCUCAACUGGCUAAACUUGAGGCAAUGGAUUGUGGGAAACCUCUUGAAGAAGCAGCAUGGGAUAUGGAUGACGUUGCUGGUUGUUUUGAGUACUACGCUGACCUCGCUGAAGGUUUGGAUGCAAAGCAGAACACCCCUAUCUCUCUUCCAAUGGACACUUUUAAAAGUUACGUCCGCAAGGAACCUAUUGGAGUGGUUGGGUUGAUUACACCUUGGAACUACCCACUGUUGAUGGCUACCUGGAAAGUCGCUCCUGCUCUGGCUGCUGGGUGUGCUGCAAUAUUGAAGCCAUCAGAGUUGGCAUCCGUGACAUGCUUGGAGCUGGCUGAUAUCUGUCAGGAGGUGGGUCUUCCUGCUGGCGUGCUCAAUAUUCUAACUGGGCUAGGCCCAGAAGCUGGAGCUCCUCUUGCAUCUCACCCUCAUGUCGACAAGAUUGCUUUUACUGGAAGUUCUGCUACUGGGAGCAAGGUAAUGGCGGCUGCAGCUCAACUUUUAAAGCCGGUGUCCUUGGAACUUGGUGGGAAAAGCCCAAUAGUUGUGUUUGAGGAUGUCGAUCUUGAUAAAGCUGCUGAAUGGACCGCGUUUGGUUGCUUCUGGACAAAUGGCCAAAUUUGCAGUGCAACAUCUCGUCUAAUCGUGCAUGAGAGUAUUGCAGCUGAGUUCCUUGACAGGCUUGUUAAAUGGAGCAAGAACAUCAAAAUAUCUGAUCCUUUAGAAGAUGGUUGCAGGCUUGGUCCAAUCGUCAGUGCAGGGCAGUAUGAGAAAAUAUUGAAGUUCAUUGCUACAGCGAAGAGUGAAGGAGCAACCAUUUUAUUUGGUGGGGAUCGUCCGAAGCACUUAAGGAAGGGCUUCUUCAUCGAACCAACCAUCAUAACCGAUGUUGACAGAUCCAUGCAAAUAUGGAGAGAGGAAGUCUUUGGACCCGUCCUCUGUGUUAAGACAUUUAGCACAGAAGAGGAGGCCAUUGAAUUGGCAAAUGAUACCCAGUACGGCUUGGGAUCAGCGGUGUUAUCAAAUGAUCUGGAAAGAUGCGAGCGAAUUUCAAGGGCCUUCCAGGCGGGAAUCGUGUGGAUCAAUUGCGCGCAGCCAACCUUCACUCAAGCUCCAUGGGGAGGAAGUAAACGCAGUGGUUUUGGUCGGGAACUCGGGGAAUGGGGCCUUGAGAACUACUUGAGUGUGAAGCAGGUCACGCGGUACAUCUCGAACGACCCGUGGGGCUGGUAUCAAUCACCUUCGAGGCUGUGAAUGUUUUCCAUAACUGUGUGUGAAUAAUCUAAUCAAUAAGAACUUGCCAUGGUAUCAAAAAUAACACAGAGUCUGCUGUCAUGCUUCUUGAACUUAUAUAAUUAAAUACAUGCAUAUUGUGUUCCUCCAUUCUCCUUC